AGCCAUCCCAUCUACUUGCUUCAUAGACCCUUCCGUGGAGCUGGCCUCCACUCCCCCAAUUGCUUUCAGGGGACUGGGAAAUUCGCUGUACGCAGAAAAGGAGGAAACCAGUCUACGAAGAACUGUAAGGACGUACACUAUUCCACGAACUUGGUGGUAAAUCUAAUUAUUACCAAAAGGGACCGUUGGCCCUAGUACACCUGCACGAGGAUUUUCAGAAGAUAGUCCUGCUCAGGACGAGGGCCUGUCAGACCUCCAGGAGGCUGUCUCUCUGAAGGAGCGAAUGGCGCAAUACCAGGCAGCUGUUUCCAGGGGUGACUGCCGCAGCUUCUCUGCAAAUAUGAUGGAAGAAUCAGAAAUGCGCACAGUGCCAGGUGGUUUGGCCAAGGUGAAGAAGCACUUUGAGGAUGAAAUUACUUCUUCCCGUAAUGCUUUUGCUCAAUACCAAUAUCAACAACAGAACAGAUCUGAGCAGGAGGUAAUCCGCAGUAGCCAGGUUAACAUUACAAGCAGCCAGGAAAUGGCAAGAAGUGAACAAGAAGGAUCCAAAGAACACAAAACUGAUGUUCUUGGAACAGAAAAGGUCUCUCACCUUGGAAAGCAUACCGAGGAAAUAAACCAAGCUCAGUUUAAUCAACAUGUUCAAGAAACUGUCAUUGAUACUCCUGAGGAUGAAGACAUUCCAAAAGUUUCAACUAAGUUGUUAAAAAAGCAAUUUGAGAAGUCUUCCCAGGAAAAGACGAUAUAUUCUGACAAAGAGAUGACAACCCCAGCCAAACAGGUUAAGAUUGACAAUGCUUAUGAAGAGACUUUAAAGCCAUCAACUGUUAUGGGUAUCUCCUCUUCCACUUCUUGCAUUGCAACCAGCCAAAUGAAGGAAACAUCAACCACAAGACACCAUGAUCACAGUGUCACUUCCUCAACUCUGGCACAAGCUAAUGAUUCAUCAGUAAAGAAGGAAGAAUUUCCUCCUCCUCCACCUGAUGCACUUCAAGCUCCAAUAGAUAUGACAGCAUUUUCCCAGUCCCCUGAAUUCCCCAGUACUCCUAGAAGACUGCCAGUACCCAAAGAUUUAUAUUCCAAGCAAAGAAAUUUAUAUGAAUUAAACCGUUUAUAUAAACACAUUCAUCCAGAGUUAAGAAAAAACCUAGAAAAAGAUUAUAUCAGUGAGGUUUCAGAGAUUGUUUCCAGUCAAAUGAAUUCAGGGAGCUCAAUUUCAGCAGAUGUGCAACAAACCCAAUAUAUUUUUGAAAAUACAAGUGACAGUUCUCAAAAAGAUCUGAGCUCAGGAAGAGAAUACUUGGAGUGGGAUAAAAUUCUGAAGGGGGAGGUACAGUCCAUUAGAUGGGUCUUUGAGAAUCAGCCAUUAGAUUCCAUCAACAGUGGCUCUCCUGAUGAAGGUAACAUUUCUAAGGGCAUUGCUGAUCAAGAAAUCAUUGCUGGGGGGGAUGUGAAAUAUACCACAUGGAUGUUUGAAACCCAACCCAUAGAUACACUGGGGGCUCAUUCUUCUGGCACUGAAGAAAAUGAAGACAAAAUUCCUGAGCUAGCCAGAGGAGAUGUACACACAGCCCGGUGGCUGUUUGAAACAAAGCCAUUAGACUCGAUGAAUAAAAUGCAUCAAAGUCAAGAAGAAUCUGCAGAAAAUAUCAUUAAGGACAUAACUGGAGGAGAUGUCAAGACUGUGAGAUACAUGUUUGAAACUCAACAUCUUGAUCAACUUGGACAGCUUCAUUCAGUGGACGAGGUUCACUUAUUGCAACUUAGGUCUGAGCUCAAAGAAAUUAAGGGAAAUGUUAAGAGAAGUAUACAAUGUUUUGAAACUCAACCAUUGUAUGUUAUUAGAGAUGGUUUAGGUCAAAUGCUAGAAAUUAAAACGGUACAUAGAGAAGAUGUUGAAAAGGGGGAUGUGAGAACAGCACGUUGGAUGUUUGAAACACAGCCCUUAGACACAAUUAACAAAGAUAUCACAGAAAUUAAAGUUGUCCGAGGAAUAUCCAUGGAAGAAAAUGUUAAAGGAGGGGUGAGUAGGGCAAAGUGGUUAUUUGAAACCCAACCUUUGGAAAAAAUCAAAGAGUCAGAAGAAACUGUCAUUGAAAAGGAAACAAUAAUAGGUACAGAUGUCUCAAGAAAGUGUUGGAUGUUUGAAACACAGCCAUUAGAUAUUCUAAAAGAAGUUUCUGAUGCAGAUCUUCUACCACAUGAAGAGAUAAUAGGAGGUGAUGUACAAACUACUAAGCAUCUGUUUGAAACACUUCCAAUAGAGGCUUUAAAAGAGAGCCCUGAUGUAGGAAGGCUUCAAAAAAUCACUGCUUCUGAAGAAGAAAAAGGGGAUGUUAGGCACCAGAAAUGGAUUUUUGAAACCCAACCUCUAGAAGUGAUUAGAGAAGAUAAAAAAGAGUACACACGAACAGUGAAACUUGAAGAAGUUGACAGGGGAGAUGUCAGGAUUUACAAACAUAUCUUUGAAUCAAACAAUUUAAUUAAAUUUGAUGCGUCACACAAAAUAGAGGUGGAAGGAGUCACACGAGGUGCUGUAGAGCUAAAUAAAUCUCUCUUUGAGACAACACCACUGUAUGCCAUUCAAGAUCACCAUGGCAAAUAUCAUCAAGUAAAGACAGUCCAGCAAGAAGAAAUCCUAAGGGGUGAUGUAAGAAGCUGCAGGUGGCUUUUUGAAACAAGGCCCAUUGACCAGUUUGAUGAAAGUAUUCAUAAAUUUCAGCUAAUUAGAGGAAUAUCGGCUCAAGAAAUACAGACCGGCAACGUGAAAUCUGCUAAAUGGUUGUUUGAAACCCAACCUCUUGAUUCAAUUAAAUAUUUUAAUAACAUGGAAGAGACAGAAAGUAAAACUGAGCAAGCUACAGAUAUCAUUAAAGGAGAUGUCAAAACCUGCAAAUGGCUUUUUGAAACCCAGCCAAUGGAGUCUCUUUAUGAAAAAGUUUCAUUAUGGACUGGCAGUGAGGAAAUUCAUAAGGGAGAUGUCAAAACCUGUACUUGGCUUUUUGAAAAUCAGCCACUGGAUACCAUUAAGGAUGACUAUGAAACAACAGUCAAAUCACAAACUGUAAAACAGGAGGAGAUCCGGGGUGGGGAUGUUCGUACAGCAUGUUUUCUUUUUGAGACAGAAAAUUUGGACAGUAUACAAGGAGAAGAAGGGAAGGAAAUCAAGCCUGUGGAAAUGGAUAUACAAGCCGGAGAUGUUUCCAGCAUGAGAUAUAAAUUUGAAAAUCAGCCCUUAGAUUCUAUAAGUUCCAGUUCAGAGGAAGUUUUGAAAAAGAUCAAAACCCUAAAAACUGAAGACAUUCAGAAAGGCAAUGUUUUAAAUUGUAGGUGGCUUUUUGAAAACCAACCAAUCGACAUGAUAAAAGAAAGCCAAGAGGGUGAUGAAUCAGUGAAGACAGUGACAGACAUUCAAGGUGGGGAUGUAAGAAAAAGGUGCUUUAUUUUUGAAACUUUUUCUUUAGAUGAGAUUAAAGAAGAAUCUGACUAUGUCAGCACCAAGAAAGCAACUACUGAAGAAGAAAUAAAGGGUGAUGUAAAAAACUACAGAAUGCUCUUUGAAACCCAGCCACUCUAUGCAAUUCAAGACCGAGAAGGGCACUAUCAUGAAGUGACAACAGUUAAAAAGGAGGAGGUGAUUCAUGGGGAUGUGCGCGGGACAAGGUGGCUUUUUGAAACAAAACCCUUAGACUCAAUUAAUGAAUCAGAAACUGUGUAUAUUAUUAAAUCUGUCACACAAGAAGAUGUUCAGAAGGGUAAUGUUAGUUCAGUUAGAUACAGAUUUGAAACCCAGCCACUGGACCAGAUUUCAGAAGAAUCACAUAAUAUUGUGCCCACUAUUGACAAUAUUCAAGGUGGUGAUGUAAAGACAAGUAAACAAUUUUUUGAGUCUGAAACUUUUCAAAAAAAGAAUUAUAUAAGGACAGUAAGUGUCAAUGAAAUGCAAAAGGGCAAUGUUAAAACAUCCACUUGGCUGUUUGAAACCCACACUAUAGAAGAGCUGAGAGGAGAAGGGUUGGAUGACAACAAUAUCAAGAUAGUCACCCAGGAGGAUGUGCAGAAAGGUGAUGUUAAGCAGGCAGUAUGGCUUUUUGAAAAUCAAACUUUGGAUUCUAUCAAGGAAGCAGAUGGAAGCAUCACAAAAAUUACCAAGGAAGAAAUCCCUCCUUCUGAUGUCAAAACAACUACAUGGCUCUUUGAAACAACACCCCUUCAUGAAUUUAAUGAAACUAGAGUAGAAAAGGUAGAAAUUAUUGGCAAGAGCAUCAGGGAAACCUUAGAAGAUCUCUACUCUCAAAAAGUGAUCCAAGCUCCUGGAAUUAUCAUUGAAGCUGAUGAAGUUGGAGAUGUCCGAAUGGCAAAAUACAAGCUAAUGAAUCAAGCUUCUCCUCAGAUACAGAAAGAAGAAAUUAUCAGGGUUGAUCUCAGAAACAUAAUGGUGAACCUACUUUCCAAACGAGACUGUACAAAAAGAGAGAUUUUGGUUAGUGAAGAAGAGAAGGGAAAUGUUAAUUUGACUAAAACUCAGUUAUUAAACAGAUCAACUGAAUUUCACACUGAAAAAGAAGAGAUAGUGAGAGGUGAUGUACAACAAGCAAUAAAAAAUCUCUUCUCUGAGGAAGGAUCUGUAAAGAAAGGCAUUGUAAUUCAGGAAGAUGAAAGAGGGGAUAUUAACAUGACUAUUUAUUGCCUUCUUCAUGAAAAUGAUGGUGACACAAUUGAGCGUGAAGAAGUAAUAGGGGGUGAUGUAAAACGUACCAUUCAUCAUUUAUUAUCAUCUUCAUCAAACAAUCAGAUAUCUGAAAGAGCUAAAAUUAAUGCCUCUGAGAGGGGAAAUGUUCAGUUUUUCACAACAUGCAUAGAAACUGGAGCUUUGGAUUAUCUCAAACAACUUCAGACAGGAUCAGAUGAAACUCUAACAGCUAGGAAACAAGAAAAAGAGGAAGCAAUAGUUGGCGGUGAUGUUGAAGGCACAAAACUGUUACUAAAGACAAGGCAGUCUCUGGUUGAACGUACUGUGAGUGAAAGUGACAUCAUCCCAGGAGAUGUGCAUAAUACAGUUAAGGUUUUUAUGACAGAGCCUCCGAGUACAUCUCAUAAGAUACCCCAAAAAGAAAUUAUAAAAGGUGAUUUGACAUCAACCCUAAAUUCCCUCAGACAGGCCAUAAAUCAGAAAACAGUGACUAAAACAGAAGAAACUAUAAAAGGGAACAUGCUAGCCACACUCAAGUCACUUAAAGAAUCAAGCCACACUUGGAAGGAAUCUAAGCAGCCUGGUGUUAUACCUGGUGAUUUUGAGCACGCUAUUGAAUGCCUUGAAAAGGCUGCAAAUACAAGGACAGAAAUCUUGAAAAAGGAGCUUAUCCGAGAUGACCUUGAAACAUCAUUAAAGUCUUUGAAAGAAGCACAAAGUGGUUUCAAAGAAGUAGAUAAAGAAGGUGUAAGCAAAGAUGUUCAAGCCAUGAUGGUAGGAUCUUUAGACAAGCAGAAGACAGAGAUGCACCAAGUAGCUAUUCAGAAGGACAAAAAGAAUCUUCUUCAGCCAAAGCCAGGACCAUUUGAGCCAGCAGCCACGUGGCAAGGGGGAUCAGCCUCUCUCAGUCAAACUUUGGGAAAAUCUUGUCAUGGAAAGUUAGUAGAAGAAAGAACUGAGUUUAAUCUCCCCGAAGCCCCCAAAGGCACUGUAAAGGUUGUCAUAAAUCGUGAACAAAACAAUGAUGCUCUUGAGAAAAGCCUUACAAGACUGUCUAAUUCACAUGACAAAGCUAUUAAAAAUGUUUUGGAAUCAGGAGAUAGCAUGGUUGUCUGGACUGAUACUGCAAGAGAACAGCAUCUUAGUGAUGAGCAUAUGAGCAGACAGUUAACUUCAACUGUGUCAGUUAAGAAAAAUCUAAAAACUGAAGAAUCAGACAGAGUGAAAGAGCUAAAGAAAGAUCAUGUUGAUGUCUUUAACUCUACCCAAUCUAUUGAUAAAACAGCUGGAAAGCAACAGAUGCAAACCUGUGAUCUGAGUAAUGAUAACCUGAAAACUGAGGCUUUCCAGGUAAAUAAUUCUAAAAAGACCAAAACCAUUAAAAUAUCAACAGAUACACAAAGCUCCAAGCCCAGUCCCACCCAGCAUCCAGUCAACAAGCCAGUUGGAGAAACGUACAAAGUUGCAGGGGACUUUCAGAGGAAAGCUUUGUUAAAGCAAGAAAUGCAAUAUUCUAAGAAGGAAAUAAAGAAAAAUAACAUGAACCUUCAACCUAUACAGCAGCCUUUGCUUGUAGAUCAAGACAUAUCCAAGGUAACGGAAGUAAAAUCCUCUGAAAAAAGCCAAAAUAAAUUUAAGGCAACUGAUAAAAAGCAAGAGACUGACAUUUAUUUGGAAAGCCAAGAUUUUCUCAUGAAGACAAAUACUUCCAAAGACUUAAAGAUGGCAAUGGAAAGGUCCUUUAAUCCAACCAACUUUAACCCUGAGAAUGUGAAAGAUAGUGAGUAUCCCCUUCCACCUCCAUCUCCACCUCCUCCGCCACCAUCUAAUGCAUCAUCUGAAAUUGAAUUUCCUCUCCCUCCUCCACCACUUUUAAUGAUGUUUCCUGAAAAUGAUGUUUUUCCUCCCUCGCUGUCCACAGAGAAGAUAAAGUCUGAGUUUGAAAACCUCCCAAGCCUUCCUCUCCCUCCACCUCCAGUAGAUGAGAAAUUAGAAACAGAAUGUCCAUCAGUGUUUCUACCACAGCCUCCUCCUUUAACUCUAUCUCAAAAAUCAGCACAUCUCCUUUCUUCCUCUGUUCCAGAAAAGCACAGUGGAACGUUCAUACAACAGUAUUCCCAAAAAGAAGCCUCGAGCUCUCAGCAAGCUCAUUUUCAGGCUAACAUUGUAAAAGGAAAAUCAGGUGUGUUGCCACCACCCACAUUGCCCAAACCCAAACUUCCUAAGCAUUUAGAAGAUAAAAAGAACCAUCCCUCCCCACAUUUCCAAUUAGAAAAGUCCUUGUCAGACAUGGAAUGUAAAAUCACUGCCUCAAACGAUCAGAAAAGAGUCGGGAUAGCCCCCAGCAGUGAACACACAGAGACAAAGCAGAACAUGCUUAGGAAGAGUCUUGAUGAAAGAAAGCAAUUAUCUAUCGACUCUGCAAAAUCUCUCUCACAAACAGUUCCAGGAACUUCAGAAGCCAAGAAAAAACAGGUAGCACCUCUCGUAAAGUCUCACUCAUUUCCAGUGAGUUCAGGACCACCAAAUCCAAAACCUUACCUGAGAAAAUUUAAGACACCUUUAAUGAUUGCUGAAGAAAAAUACAGACAACAAAGACAAGAGCUGGAACAACAGAAACAGGAGAGUCCGUACUACAACAUGGUCAAAACAGAAAGCCAACAUCAAAACAUACCAGCAUUGCAAAAGGAAGUUCCAUUACAAAAAACAAAUAAGGAGGUUCUCCUACCGGAAAAUAACUCAGCAUACACUGUGAUGCAGCCCGUCCCAACCUCUCAAAGUAAUGCUCAAGCCUUAGGAGUGCAUUCUGAUACCCAGGUCUCUACAACAUCAGCAGUCACGGACACUGACAAGAGGCUCCAACAUGUUCUAGCUGCCUCAGAAGACAAAGAUUGUAGGAAAAAGGAAGUUGUACAGAGCUCAGGGGACAUGCUGCAGUCUAAAUCAGCUUGUGAAAUCAAGCAGACUCACCAAGAACGUAGUACACAACAGAAGAAGUAUCUGCAGCAGUUGCACUUGCCCCAAAGCAAACCGGUUUCCCCAACUUUCAAAGUCAAAACCAUCAAGCUCCCAACUGGAGAGCAUACGUUAAGUGAAGCAGACCACAUCCAUGAAUGUCCUAAAAAGCAAUCCGAAGUUGAUGUCCAAACCAUUACCAAACAACAUUAUCAGGAAACCAGGAAAACUGAAGCAAGCACCAAACAUAGUAAUAAGCAGUCUGGGGCUGAAAAAUGUUAUCAAUUACCUAAGAAGGAGAAAAGAGUGGUGAUGAAAGUGCCUACAGAAUCCACAGAAAUGGACCAUGAAUGUAAGCUCAAGAUGGUUUCUGAGAAGCAAGGAGAAUCUAGAGAAUUUGAGAAAGGGAAAUUUCCAGGAGGUGAAGGAAAAAACCAGGGGCCAUCAAUCUCUGGUUUAAAAGAAGAGAGAUUAAUAGUUGAAAGAAAACAAGAAACUUCGAAGAAUAAGUCAGCACCAAAGGUCGUCAGGCAAAAGGUGGUUGAUGUACAUUCUGAUUCACAGACUCAGAAUUUUCAGCAAACACAAAAACAGACUUAUGAAAGUAAAGUUGAACAUAAAAAAUUGCCCCAGCCAUGUAAUAGUCUGCGGGAAGAAAAAUGUCUCGGAGUCAAGGGCAUACAACAGAAACAAGUCUUCUCUAAUACUGAAGAUUCAAAGCAAGAGAUGACACAGAACAAAUCUUUAUUUCCAUCUGUGAAAGUAUCCCAGCAGGGUGAUGGAAAAGGUGCCAUCAACGUAUUGGAAUUCUUGAGAAAACGUGAAGAACUACAACAGAUUCUGUCCAGAGUAAAAGAGUUUGAGGCAGAGCCAAACAGUGGCCUUAAGACAUUUCAGACACUAUUAAAUAUUAUCCCCGUGUGGCUGAUAAAUGAAGAGAGACAGGAAUAUGGAGCUCGCAUUGCCAUGGAGAAUAAUUUAGAAAAAGUGAAAGAAGAAAUAACCCACAUUAAAACUCAAGCAGAGGAAAUGCUUGUGUCCUGUGAAAAUGUAAUUCAAACAGCCAUGAUAUCCUCCAAAACAAAAAAGCAGGAAAAUAAGCCUACCAUUCUCAAUGAAAACGCUCAAAAAGCGUCUGACGUUAAUGUCAGCUAUCAGAAAAACACUGAACAGAAAGAAAAUACAACGGUAGAAGCAAAAACAGUCCACCGCCAAGCAGCAACUCUUCAGGAAGCCACUGUUGAGACUCACACGAAAACCCACCGCGAGAUUCAACUCCACGGUAAGACUUCUCCUCCCUGUAUAAAAACCCGCCCCCCCUCGCCUACUUUUAUAACAAUUGAAUCUACCGCCCGACGAGCAGAAACCUCUGCUAAGGACGAGCUCUCUCAGUCCCCUAAAAAGGACAGUGGCAUUGAACCCCCACCCAGAGGGCCCACGUCACAAACCCCCAGAAUUCAGGGAGCAGACGCCUCCCCCUCUCCACCCAGGAGUCGCUCAGAACAACUUGUCAGGCUCAAAGGCACCACUGCCAAGUUAUCCCGAGGGACUGUCCCCCGUCCAUCGGUCACCCCAGCUCCGAUCACAGAGAAGAGGUCUGAAAUCAUCGUGUCUCCUGCAACACUUCGUCGUCAAAUUAAGAUAGAAACUCGAGGUAGGGACUCUCCACCUGCCAUCACAAUACCUGUGGGUGUAAAUCAUGCUGCCAGUCGCUCCCUCAGAGAGGCCUUGGAGGCUCAGGAGGAAUUUAGGAAAGUAGAGGAAAGAGCCACCUACGUUCACAAGGAUGGGCUGGAGCCCAGCGGCCCCACGGGGCCAGGGACGGAGAGUUACGAGGCCGUGGAAAUCGUCCGCAGGGUUGGAGGGCCUCACCGGGCAGAGCACACGCAGAGAUACCAAGCAGCCCACCGAACCGCUGGAGCCGCUGAAAUUUUUGUAAAUGACCGUGAAAAUGAAAUAAACAGAUGGUUCAGGGAAUUUGAAAAUGGCCCAGUUUUUGAAGCAAAGUCAAAUAGAAGAGUUUAUGUAAAUGGAGAAGCAAACCAUGAUAUAAAACAAGAAAGCAGUACAUUGUGUAGGGAGGAAUUUGGAUCAACAUCUUUAGAAAACACCAGCCACACGGGCUUUUCUUGUGAACAUCCUAGAGAGGUGCAAGAAACAUUUUUUGUUAAACAGCCCCGGGUCUGUGCUGAAACCAGGUCUCUAAGUGAACAGUUCUCAGGCGUGGAUGCGUCUGAGAGUCACAUUGUCGACUCAAAGAUGAAAACCUCUGCACGUAACUCAGAAGCUGGCAAAUCCGGCUUUGACUUUAAGUAUGCCCCACCGACCUAUGAAGAUGUCAUUGCUGGCCAUAUUUUAGAUAUCUCUGAUUCACCUGAAGAACUCAGGAAAAAUUUUCAAAAGACAUGGCAGGAGGGGGAAAGCGUUUUUAAAAGUCUGGGAUAUGCAGCUUCAGAUGCUUCUGCAUCUGACAUGAGAACCACCUUCCAAGAGGAAUCUGCAUUUAUAAGUGAAACUGCCACUUCAAGACAAGGAAAUAUGUAUACUUUGUCAAAAGACAGUUUAUCCAAUGGAGUGCCUAGUAGCAGACAAGCAGAAUUUUCAUAAGUCCUGUUUCCGAUGCCACCACUGCAGCAGUAAACUAAGUUUGGGAAAUUAUGCAUCACUUCAUGGACAAAUAUACUGUAAACCUCACUUCAAACAACUUUUUAAAUCUAAAGGAAAUUAUGAUGAAGGUUUUGGACACAAACAACAUAAGGAUCGGUGGAAUUGCAAAAAUCAAGG